AUGAAGUCUAGUUUUCUCUUGCUGCUCGCUUUAGGCGCCGCUUACGGCAGCAAUGUAGCGAUGUGCACAACUGUGCCGGAGUCGUCAUCUGGAGGAUCCGGUGGUUCGCAAUCCACUUCUAGUGCCUCUGGGACAGUAACGGAAAAUGGAGGAUCGUCUGGGGCAGGGUUGCAAUCCGCAUCAUCUGGAAAUGAACAAGGCGUUACUCAACCCACGAAUCCGUCACCGCCUGUAUCCCAGGCACCAAAUUCUGCAGAAUCAAAUCCUUCACAACCGGUGCAAACACCAGAUCAACAUGCGGAUGUACCCCCUAGCCAGAGCUCCACCACACCCACUGCCCAGGGAAUCGCUUCUGCCAGUUCCUCAGGAAAUACGAAUGGACAGGGUGGAGCGACUCAACUUCAAACCAGCACCAAGAAAGCCGAGCUGCAGUCCGCACUGCUAAAAAACUUCACGGGGGUGAAGGUCACAGGUCCCUGCGACACAGAGGUAGGACUGUUCCUCAUUCCUCACAUGUACAUUUCUGUGAAGGCGGCAAAGGACAUCAUAGAAUUGUCUACCAAGUUCCCCAACUCGGACAACACGAUAAUCCAAUUUACAAAGGGAGGCGAAACGUUGAUUAACAAGUGUGAAGGGAACCCAGAAAAGACGUUUAUGUUUAUAGUGUAUCUGGAGGACAACAUACUGACUCUUAAGUGGAUCGUCUAUCCGCAGAGUGAGGGUGAGAAUAAGAACAAAGCUGACGUGAGGAAGUAUCGAUUGCCGAACCUGGAAAGACCUAUCACCUCAAUCCAAGUCCAUUCAGUCAUGGUCCAAGAGGACACCGUUAUUUAUACGAGCAAAGAUUAUUCAAUAAAGAAUGACAUUCCAGAAAACUGCCAACAAACUAUGAGUGCUUGCUUCUUAAGUGGAAACACAGACAUAGAAAGCUGCUACACUUGCAAUUUGCUAAUCCAUAAUAAUGACACAAAUGACAAGUGCUUCGACUACGUAUCGGCGGAUUUUAAAAAGGAAUUUCUUGACAUUAAAGUGAAGGGACAGGACGAUGAGGAGUCGAGCGAGUAUAAACUUGCGCAGGUCAUCAAUGAGGUGUUGAAUGGAAUUUACAAAACAGACCCUGAGGGAAACAAAGAGCUAAUAACAUCAGAAGAGUUAGACGAAAAUGUGAAGAAGCACAUAGGUAACUAUUGCCAAGUUUUAAAAGAAAUGGAUAUCAGCGGUACUAUGGAAGUACAUCAGAUGGGAAACGAGAUGGACGUCUUCAAAAACCUCGUCCAAUUGCUACAAAAACACGGGGAGGAAAAAAACUCAACGCUGGAAUGGAAGCUACAGAACCCAGCCCUCUGUCUCAAAAAUGUUAAUGACUGGGUGGUGAAUAAAAAGGGAUUAGUGUUGCCUCUUUUGCAAAAUGGUGGUAGCGAUAUCUACUUUGGCGAGAGUAACCUCGUGGAAGGUGGACAAAAAAGUGGUCUCUCAACCUACCAGGUAGGAGAUGACGGAAUUAUCGAUUUGUCCAUCGAGCAAAAAAAUUCACACACCUCAUCCACUCCGUUUACCAAUCAUAUGUUUUGCAAUGCGGACUACUGCGAUUGGACGAAGGAUUCAAGCAGUUGCAUGGCGAAGAUUGAGGCCGGGGACCAGGGAGACUGCGCCACUUCUUGGCUGUUCGCCUCGAAGGUGCACCUAGAAACGAUCAAAUGCAUGAAGGGCUACGAUCAUAUUGCUAGUUCUGCUCUCUACGUGGCUAACUGUUCCAGUAAAGAAGCGAAGGACAAGUGUCAAGCACCGUCGAAUCCGCUAGAAUUUUUGAACAUCCUGGAGGGGACAAAAUUUUUGCCAGCCGAAUCGGACCUCCCAUACUCUUACAAAGAGGUGAAUAACGUCUGUCCUGAGCCAAAGAGUCAUUGGAAAAACCUUUGGGAAAAUGUGAAGCUCCUAGACAAGCAGUACCAACCCAACUCGGUGAGCACCAAGGGGUACAUCGCCUACCAGAGUGACCACUUCAAGGGCAACAUGGAUGCUUUUAUUAAAUUGGUAAAAUCAGAAGUGAUGAACAAAGGGUCCGUUAUCGCCUACGUGAAGGCAGACGAACUCAUGGGUUAUGACCUAAAUGGGAAGAAGGUGCUCUCUCUGUGUGGAGGUGAAACGCCAGACCUCGCUGUGAACAUAAUAGGUUAUGGUAACUACAUACAUGGGGAGGGGGUGAAAAAGUCCUACUGGUUGCUACAAAACAGUUGGGGCAAGCACUGGGGAGACAAAGGCAAGUUUAAGGUCGACAUGGAUGGCCUGCCUGGAUGUCAGCACAACUUCAUCCACACCGCUGCUGUGUUCAACCUAGACGUGCCCCCCUUCCAGUCUCCGGCGAAGGACACAGAAUUGUACAGCUACCAGUUGAAGAGCUCCCCCGAUUUUUACAAGAAUCUGUAUUAUAACGCAGUGGGUGAAGCAAAGGGCAGCGCGCCGAGUCAAGCCGUUCACGGGCAGGACGCUCCUGAGGAAACAGCGGUGGGAGGAGGAGAAAAUUCUGUAUCGACAGUUCAAGGACAGCAACCUCAGCCACAAGUGCCGUCCGGAGUGAGCACAGAUACGAAAGCACCAGAAGGGGCAGAUAACACAGUUUCCACGAGUGAAAUCAGCGUGGGACCUUCACAACAAGCGCAAGCUCCCCAAUCCCCAGGAGAAGGACAAGUUGUUUCCACCCAACAGCAGCCGGGGGGUUCCACGCCAGCGCCCGAACCAUCAGCACCACAACCAGCACAACAGGUAGAUGCGUCCACUCCAGUCGCUACAGUCACACCAGGGGGGGCGAACCCCAAUGGAGGAGCGGAAAACGCGAAAAUGUCCCACAUUAUUCACGUUUUGAAACACAUUAAGCAGACCAAAAUGGUGACGAGAAUGGUCACGUACGAGGGCGAGUACGAAUUGGGAGACCACUCCUGUUCACGAACCCAAGCAUCAACUGUGGAGAAGCUGGACGAGUGCAUACGUUUUUGCAAUGAAAAUUUGUACUUGUGUGAAAGGACUGUUUCAGCAGGGUAUUGUUUAACCAAGCUGCGAAAUGCGAACGACUGCAUUUUCUGUUUCGUGUGA